AUGGGGGCCCUGGAGAACUUCUUGGAGCUCAUCCAGCAGCCAUCAUGCAAGGUGGUGCUGGGGACUGUUCUCUUACUCGGAGGCGGAGGCUUCAUUCUGUGGCUUCAGAAGAGGAGAAGGAGGAAGGUAGCCCCCCAGUCUCCACAAGGUGAGCACGAGCCACAGGAAGGCCACAAGGCGCAGAACGAGAGCUGGAUCAAAUCUCACUUCAGCCGCCUUUCCGAAGAGAAGCUCUCCUCCUACAGCAGCGCCGCGUCCGCCAGCAGCAGCAUCGCCGCCCCGCAGCCCGAGGCAGGCCCCGGGGCGGCCAGCGCCACCAUGCGCACGGACACCGCCACCUCCAGGGAGCCCUUGCCCAGCCAGCAGAGGCUGCCUGGGUCCUCAGGGGCCAGAGAGACCCACAAGGAGCCCUCAUCCACAGAUGAGGCCACAUGGGCCGCCGUGGCUGCCAGUACUAAGGAGAUUGACACCAAGGGACGGCAGGUGGCCAACUCCAUGUUGCAGCGUGCCACAGUUUACCAGAACUCAGGCCACGUGGAUUCCAGGGACAUCAGCCAGGAGGAGCUGAAGGCCCUGGAGGAGGUGGAGAUAAAGCUGAAAAACAAUUUCCUCACCCAGCGGGAAACCACUGUAGCUGGUGUGAACCAUACACACACCUUCCAUGGCCAUAGCCACCAGGAUCAUCCAAGCCACCAGAGCCACCAGAGCCACCACAGCCUGCCCAGCCGCAGCAACCAGACUUACCACCCCUUCCAAGCCACCUAA